AUGCAGACGGCUUCUACAAUUAUUUGUGAAAGAAUGGAUCACUCUCAGGAGCUCAGUGAAUUCAAGCGUGGUCCCGUGAUAGGUUGCCACCUGUGCAAUAAGUCUGUCCGUGAAAUGUCCUUGCUACUAAAUAUUUCACAGUCAACUGUUAAUGGUAUUAUGACAAAGUGGAAGCAACUGGGAAUAACAGCAACUCAGCCACGAAAGCUAGGUCAGCAUAUGCUGAAGCACCCAGUGCGCCAAGUCGUCAACUGUCUGUAGAGUCAAUAGUAAAGACCUUCAAACUUCAUGUGGCCUACAGAUUAGCACAACAACAGUGUGUAGAGAGCUUCAUGGAAUGGGUUUCCAUGGCUGA